AUGACGACAAGGUUCAUGUGCUGGCGUGUGGUUAAUUACACGACGCUAGGAUAUGGUGUAGCUUCCGAGAAUGUUGAAGCUGCCGAUGUAGCGCUCGUGAGAUUUCUCAACCGAGAGGGCGGCGCGGCGCAGCGCCGAUCCAACGGCCGGCCGGUCGGACGCGGUGAGGUUGGUACGGGCGGCGUCCGGUGGGAUGCAUCUGAUGGUUCGGAUGAUCUAGCUAGCAUGCUCACUGACUACGUGAUGGCCAGCGAGAUCGGCGAGACGGGGCCAACAACUCACCGCGUCUUCUUCCUCAGAGGUGGACAACCUGACGCUGAGGAGGUUCCUGCGCGCGUGCGGCCACAACGUGGACAAAGCCUCCGCCAUGUUCUUCAAGUGGAGGAAGGAGGUGGCGCCCGACGGCUUCGUGCCGGAGGAGCGGGUGCGAGGGGAGCUCUCGCAGGACAAGGCCUGCAUGGGCGGCGUCGACAGGACCGGCCGCCCCAUCCUCGUCGGCUUCAUGGCCAAGCACUACUCCGCCAACCGCGACAUGGCCUGGUUCAAAAGAUCCCAAGAGGCCAGGAGAAGUUCCUGAGCAUCAUUGAUCUUAAGGGCUGGGGGUACUCGAGCUGCGACAUGCGGGCGUACAUUGCAGCUAUAGAGAUCAUGCAGAACUACUACCCGGAGCGGCUCGGCAAGGCGCUGAUGAUCCAUGUGCCCUCCAUCUUCAUGAAGGCGUGGAAGAUGAUCUACCCGUUCAUCGACAACAACACCAGGGACAAGUUUGUUUUCGUGGACGACAAGAGCCUGCAGGAGACGCUGCACCGGGAGAUCGAUGAGAGCCAGCUCCCGGAGUUUCUUGGCGGAAAUAUACCUUUGAUUCCUCUCAAGGACUAUGUCCAGCAGUCUCAGUCAGUUUAACCAUACACGUCGCUAGUUUCCAUUAGAGGUUACAGCACAGGAUGAUCCUUGAUUACAAGAGAGGUGGUCUGUUCUACUGCUGCAGCAAUGGGGUAAUUGUAAAUGCAGCUCCGUCUGCUUGCAUUGUAUGACUAAUUGGCGUUUGGGCGGGGUCAGUGAUACAGUUCAACUGCAAGUGAGCAAACAUAUGUGCCGAACUCUGGGCUAUAUGAACUAUGGAAUAUGUUGCAGUCUGCUCUACAUGAUGUUCAGCUUAGCCAGGAAAACGAUGUUGUGAGUUGGGCUCUUACUCCAAACAAGAUAUUCUCUAGUAGAUCCGUAUACCAUUUUUUGUCUUUUGGGGGUAUAUCCAGUAAACUUGCGAAAAAGCUUUGGAGCUAUAAAAUCCCUUUGAAAAUUAGAAUUUUGCUUUGGCAAUUA